AGAAACCAGCUGCUCUAAGAAAGGAAACAUGGAUUUUAUUCAUACAUCAGGUGUCCUAAUAAUACAGCAUCUGCAGAACAACUACCGAGAAUACAACAGCUUCCUCAGCUUCAUGUCAAUAGUGGGUGACCCUCGUAAUAUUUUCUAUGUCUAUUUCCCUCUCUGGUUUCAUCUCAGCCAUAAUGUUGGCACCAAGAUGAUAUGGGUGGCUGUUGUUGGAGACUGGUUCAAUCUUAUUUUCAAGUGGAUUCUGUAUGGACAGAGACCUUAUUGGUGGGUUCACGAAACCCACUUGUUCCAGAACAGCUCAAAGCCACAUCUGGAUCAGUUUCACAUUACAUGUGAAACAGGACCUGGCAGUCCAUCUGGUCACGCUAUGGGCUCAUCAUGUGUGUGGUAUGUGAUGGUCACUUCUGCUCUAGCCUUCACCAGGUCCUCUUGCAUCUCCUCUGUCUGGAUCUUUCAAAGGUUUCAUCUCUUGAAGUCCAUUCUGUGGACAGCUUUCUGGGUCAUUCAGAUAAGUGUUUGCAUUUCCAGAGUUUUCAUUGCAACUCACUUCCCUCAUCAAGUUGUUCUCGGUCUCGUCAUUGGUAUGCUUGUUGCUGAAGCCUUUGACUACAUUACCUGGAUCUAUAAUGCAAGCUUGAAACGGUACCUCCUGGUCAAUAUUUUUCUUCUCUCGUUUGCUAUUUGUUUUUACUUGCUCCUAAAGCUUCUGGACUUUGAUCCUUUAUGGUCGGUCGCCAAAGCCAAAAUGUGGUGUGCAAACCCAGACUGGAUUCAUCUGGACACCACACCCUUUGCCGGACUAUGCAGGAACCUGGGAGCCUUGUUUGGUCUAGGACUUGCGGUGAACUCUGAGAUGUUCAUUCAGAGCUGUAAGGGAAAAAACAGCUGCAAUGCUGCAUUUAAACUCUUAUGCAUGACUGCAAAUCUCACCAUCCUGCAGCUGUAUGACCUCUUCAAGAUGCCAAAUCACAGUGAGGCUCUGUUUUACUUACUGUCAUUUUGCAAAAGUGCUUCAGUUCCAUUUGGCGUUGUUGCUGUAAUACCUUAUUGUGUUUGUUUGUUAAUCAGAGACGAUGAGAGAAAACUCUGUUAGAAAAUAAAAGGACUGUUUUCUUUUUGCAACAUUUGUCCUCAGUGCAUUUUGUUAUAAUUUGUAGAAAAUGAUGAUUGAUUGUUAUUGCACACAUAGAAGCACUGAAACUGCAAUUUAUGUGGAAAAAAAGUUAUAUUUUUUAGUUUAAAUAAUACAUUUGUAUCAUUUGAUCCCAGUCACAAUGAGAAGAUUUCUCAAGUUUAUGUUAUGUCUUUGUUCUUGGUAUUAUAUCUACAGUAUUUGGAAAGGAAGGCUAAUCUAAUUUACAAUAAUUAAAAUGAUGUAUGUACAACCUUACAACAUGAUGACUUAAACACUUUUGAAGCAGAGAGUUUGUCAAUUUAUGAGUCUCUGUGUUUAGCUCGAAACAUGAAUCAAAUAAAUAAUUGGUUAAUUGUUGAAAAACAACUUUCUAACUAUGAAAAGAAAAACCUUCUCUUCAUUAAUCAAAAUUUCUUAUGAACACUUCUUACAUGAGAUGCAGAUUGGUGAUAAUUAGCAUAAUAUUUUGUUCUGUGGGUUAUAAAAAUACAAAUACAAUUUUAAAAAGUGAAUACACUAUAAAGUUUUUCUUUUUAACAUAUUACCAAACAUUUAUGCUUCUUUAAGUCCUUGACUUUGUUAAAUUUACAGAAUCCCUCACAUGAUUCUCUCUGUUUGUGUUGUCAAUGUGCACAUCCUGCUCAGGGUGCAUUACAUAAUCUCUUGUUUGUCUCUUAGCAGUUUCUCUGGGAAAAUUCAGAUAUUAAUGAAUUUAAAAGUAAUGAUGCAGAACAGAGUCUCUGAUGUAACCAGAUUAUAUGGAUUAAUUAAACUCCUGAGUAGAGACCCAUUUCAUCUUUUCUCACAGUCUCUGGUUGCUUA